UGAACAGGAAGUGCCGUAGCAGCUGCUCAGUCUCGAAAGAUCUGUUGUUGUAGUGUUGUUGCAGUGCUGUUGCCCAAGUUUUCUGCUGGCCCUCUGUUGCUUUGCGUUUGUUUUCCAUCAAUAAGUAUCUAAAUUAAACAGCUUUCAGCCAGAUUUGACCCCGCUGAGCUGCUCAGCCAUGUCUUCUCCGGUGGAAAUGACUGAGCUGUAUGAUAACGCGCUGUUAGGGAUCCUGCAGCAUGUUGGAAACAUUCAGAAUUUUCUGCAGGUUUAUUUUGGGUUCCUCUACAGAAAGACGGACUUCUACCGCCUCCUCUCAGGCCCGCAGGACCGCAUGGGCUUCCCGCCCGGAGUAGCUGAAAACAUGGUGUUCAAGACAUUUAAGUUAUUUGAGAAUCUCGCAGAGCAGGACAGAGAGAGGGCAGCGAGGCUGGCAGAGGGUAAUAAAGCCGCUCCUCCUGCAGUACAGGAGCUGGAGGUUCAAUCAGAACAGGAGGCUGAAGCUCCUGUGGAGGAGAAGAGGAGCACAGAAGAGCCCACACCUGCCCCAGCACCAUCAGCACAGAGCACAGAGACACACGGAGAGACUCAGAGCAGCACCGCUGAGCCGUCAGGAGACGCACAGACAGCAGGAGCCGCAGCGCCAUUAGACUCCGAUUCUAACACAGCCAAAGUUGGACAAGAACGUUUUCAGUCGAAUGCAGACAGUUACAAUGGUGCCGUUAGAGAAAAUUACACCUGGUCGCAGGAUUACACGGAUGUGGAAGUUCGAGUGCAUGUGCAGCCUAACAUCGUUAAAGGCCGACAGGUGUCUGUGGAUCUGCAGCCGGGGAGGCUCCGCGUGGCCGUGAACGAGGGAGGAUCACAGAGAGUCCUGAUGGAGGGCGAAUUCACGCACAAAAUUAACACUGAAAGUUCCCUAUGGAGCCUGGAGCCCGGCCAAUGCGUUCUGCUGUCCCUCAGUAAAACCGGGGAGGUUUGGUGGAGCGCCGUGUUGAAGGGUGAGAUCGAGAUCGAUGUCAACCAGAUCAACCGGGAACGCUCUAUGGCAACUGUAGAUGAAGAGGAGCAUGCUGUACUGGACCGCCUAUCGUUUGAUUACCACCAAAAACUCCAGGGGAAACCACAGAGCCAUGAGAUUAAAGUCCACGAGAUGCUGAAGAAGGGCUGGAAUGCUGAAGGAUCUCCGUUUAAAGGCCAAGACUUUGACCCCUCCUUGUUCAACAUCCCACCAAGUGCUGUCCAGUUUUGAGGUCACAUGACAGUGCCAGAUGUAAAGUCAGCACUUACUGUUACAAACACACACACGCACACACACACACUGAAGUACAGUGACGGUGUCGGUUUCUUGCAGUGCUAUAAAAUGAACAUCAACAGUGUCAGCACUGCACAUCUCAUGCCAAUAUAACUGAUUCAGUGGCACUGAUAAUUGUCUCAUGUUUAGUUACUGUAGGCAUGCAAAAUGGGCCAUUGAUCAUUUAUCAUUUUUAGUGUUUUAUGAAAUCAGUUGACUGAGGUUUUCUUUGGCCAUGUGUGUCUGUGAUCUUACAUUUGCCCAGUUAUUCGGGCUUAUUGAUUGUUAGUUUUCAUACUAUUUGGGUGAUCUACAAUAGCAACAGUGAAACAGUGUUUCAUCAGAUAUGUGAAAGGUUUGCGCUGUUUCUUUAAGCAGAUUGCUGCAGUUCACACGAGAAAGAAAUUAUUUCCUUCACUUGUUUCCAUCAUUUGCAUCAGAUUUUUGUGCCUGAAUCUAAUAAAACCUUUUGCAAAC